UAUAUACAUAAACCUCACAUAAACCAAGAAAUAAUAUGUCAGCAGAUCAUACUAGAGAUCCAUGUCCUAUCGUCAUUUUGAACGAUUUCGGUGGUGCCUUUUCUAUGGGUGUCAUUGGUGGAUGUGUAUGGCACGGAAUCAAGGGGUUCCGUAACUCUCCUUAUGGGGAACGUGGAUACGGUGCCAUCUCUGCCGUCAAGGCUAGAGCUCCAGUUGUCGGUGGUAACUUCGGUGUCUGGGGUGGUCUUUUCUCCACCUUUGACUGUUCUGUCAAGGCCAUUAGAAAGCGUGAAGAUGCUUGGAAUGCCGUCAUUGCUGGUUUCUUCACCGGUGGUGCCUUAGCCAUCAGAGGUGGUUGGAGACACACCAGAAACUCAGCCAUCACCUGUGCCUGUUUGUUGGGUGUUAUAGAAGGUGCCGGUAUGAUGAUUCAAAGAUUGACCGCACAACCAACCAUGGCUCCAGCUUACCCUGACGCCCCCAUGCAGGCCUAGGCGGUAUAUAGAGUAGUUAACGAUACUCCAGAGAAGAAGAAGGGGGUGAAGGGAUAGCUUGAGAUAGUGCAUGUAUGUGAACUGGAUGUUUUCAAUGGCACUAUAUUUCCAUACUCACCCUUUCUGGUAAACUGACUAUAAUUUGGUCCGGAGUUGAGUCAUUUGACUGAACGCACACAUUUAUG